GCGUCCUCGCCGCGCACAAAACUUUACGUAGUGACUGUGUUUGUGUUGUGAUGCGAUGUGCGGAACGUAAGCGGUGAUAUGUAACGCGUCGCCACGAUGAGCAGGAGGGGGCCCUUCCGGAGCUUCGCCAUCAGCGUCAUACAGAUCAUCACUAUUAUAUGUCAAGUGCUAACGGAGGAGCCGCGGUUCGCUGAGCCGAUACCGAAUGUGACAGUGGCGCUGGGGCGGGAUGCCAGCCUGCCCUGCGUCGUCGAACACCUCGGCACUUACAAGGUGGCGUGGAUCCACAUCGACCGUCAGAUGAUCUUGACGAUCCACCGUCACGUGAUCACGCGGCUGGCGCGCUUCAGCGUCUCCCACGACAACGCCAUGACGUGGCUGCUCCACGUGUCGCAGGUCCAGCAGGAGGACCGCGGCUACUACAUGUGCCAAGUCAACACCAACCCCAUGAUCAGCCAAGUGGGCUACCUGCAGGUUGUAGUGCCACCGAACAUUCUGGAUGAGGAGAGUACGCAGUCGGCGGUGGCGGUCCGCGAGAACCAGAACAUCAGCCUCGUGUGUAAGGCCGACGGAUUCCCGGCGCCCAAGAUCAUGUGGAGACGAGAGGAUGGGCAGCCCAUCUCAGUAGAUAGGAGGAAGAAAGUGACGGUGUACGAGGGCGACACUCUUAGCCUGCAGCGCAUCAGCCGCACGGAGAUGGGCGCGUACCUGUGCAUCGCCACCAACGCCGUGCCGCCCUCCGUCUCCAAACGGAUCAUCGUCGACGUCGAGUUCUCCCCCAUGAUCUGGGUGCCGAACCAGCUGGUCGGAGCGCCAUCAGGCACCGACGUCACCGUGGACUGCCACACCGAGGCGCACCCCCGCGCUAUCUCCUAUUGGGUCUAUGACAACGUUAUGGUGUUGCCUACGAAGAAGUACGCUAUCAACACCGAAGAGAACUCUUAUAGAGCGCACAUGAAACUGACAGUGAGAAACCUACAGUCGGGUGACUUCGGCAACUACCGCUGCAUAUCCAAGAACUCCCUCGGAGAGACAGAGGGAUCCAUCAGACUAUACGAAAUCCCGAUGCCGUCGACAUCCCCGAAGGCAACAGAGAUGAAGAGCAACGCGAAUAAAGAGUCGGCGCGCCGAGCGAACGUGAGCCGCGCGACGAACGCGCUCGGCGCGCCGACGGAGCGGCCGAGCGUGGUGCGCGCGCAGCUCGACCGCAACGACCGCAACGACCGCGCGCCCGUCUACCGCCCGCCGCACCCGCACCACGCCUCAGGCACGCGCAACCUACAGUGCUGGCGGCGCUCGAUCCUGACGAUGGUGAUUCUGGUCCACAUAGACCUAAUUCCCGACUUGCCCUUCUGUUUCUAAGGCAUCUAUGAUUUAGUCUUCAGUGAUCUACCGUUGACGUGCUAUAGCUAGGGAAGUCGCAUAAGAACACGUGUGUUACAUCCCUAGUAUAGUACCAUCGAACAAAUUGAUAAUAUAUAUUAUGCAGUUGACGGACC